AUGACACUUUUUUCUUCAAUCUCAUCAAUUUCAAAUCCAAUGACAAGUUCAAAAUCCAGUAUUUCAUCAUUUGGUAGUGGAACAAGUAUAGGUUCAAAUUCAAUUGCAUGUGGUGGUUGUGGAGGUGGAAGUGGUGGUAUUCUUGGUUCAGGUUUAGGUAUAGGUUUAGGUUUGGGUUUAGAUUUAACUGGAGGCUCUAGAACAAGAGGGUCAUGUCGUGGUAAUGGCGGAUCAAGCAAUCCUGUUAAUGGUCAUGGAGGCAUGGGAGGCGGAAAUGGUUCAUGUUGUGGAAUUUAA